AUGUUUUUACUGUCGGACAAGGUGUCCUUGUGUCCCGCCUUGACCAUGAACAUUUUGAAGAGCACCCGUUUGCUAGAUCGAAAUUGUCUACGUGACAAGAUCCAGGGACUAUCGCCUCUGCUACGGACCAUGGACUGGCCACCAAACAGGGACUCGGUGUUCCGGGCCACUUGGAGCUACUAUGCUAACGGCUGUCAGGAGCGACUGACGGGCAUUCGCAGGCGCAUCGAACAGAACGCUAGAAUUGUGGCUCCAAGCAAAGAGCCAACUACUCAACUUACUGUGGACUUAAAGUUGCCCCACAAUGGACAACAAUUGCCGCCAGGAGUUGAUUUAGAUGAGCACAUUUAUCAGGAGCUUGUGUCCUGUUUCCGGAACGCAAAGAGCUCUGUUUCACAAAAGAAAACUUCGGCUAAACGCUCAAAAGUUCAGAAAUAUUUUGAUAUGCACAAGUUUUCAACACCAGAACAAUAUAAUUCCUGGAAACGUCAAGAGCUGCAAGUUGAUCAAAUGCUACAGAAUUCUGAUGAUCCCUAUUUGAAAGAGGAAAUGCACAAAAAACUACAUCGCCUACGAAAACUCACCAAACUACAACCUCUAGUAGUGCUUCCAAAUCAGGAAAAGGGUGAUAUUGAAAAACUCAACGUGUCCUUGACAAGGAAACGAAAGUCCAGACAAAAGUCUAUAAGUAAAUUAAAAGGCGAAAGCGAAUCAAGAAAAAACAGCACAAAAAUAACAGAUAUAAUUAUAACUCAUAAAGACCCCAGUAAAACCUCAAAGAUACAAAACCCCACUGAAACUGGGAAAAAACAAAACUCCAGUGAAACCGCAGAGAUACAAAACACCAAUAAAACCUCAAAGAUACAUAGCCCCAGCAUAACCGCGAAGAUACAAAAUUUGAGUUCAAGAAGUAGUAGUAAAAGAAGAACAAAAUCGGUAAAUAGCAAGCGUUCUUCCGGGAAAUCGGCAUCUAGUACGAUAUUGGCAUACCAUCCAAGUCUGGAAAGUAUCGUCAGCUCAAUACGUUCUACCAGAUCGUAUCGUCCAUAUGUCAAACGAACUGUAAAAUCCGAUCAAAGUAGUGAUAGUGGUGGUAUCUUCGGAAUCGAUGAAUCCCCUCAUUUAAAUGUGGAUACCACGUCGGUAGCUUCGGAAAAGCUCAAAAAAGCUAAAAAUUCCCAAUUACGAAAGAAUGUCAAGAAUCAUAAAUUAAUAAAGGAACGAAAAAAUAUAGAAAAAGCGAAGAGCGAAAAUCCAAAAGUUCACAAACAUUCAAAACCUCCCAAAGCGUCAAGUCAGCAUUCUGUAAAGAUCGACAGCAAAUUGGAUUCUCUAAACGUAUCAUUUUUAAAAAGCAAAGAAAAGGCAUCUAAACAGCGAUCAUUCGGCCCCAAGGCAAAUCCAAAAGUUCACGGACAUGCUAAACAUCCCAAAACCUCAAGUCUGCAUUCUUUAAAGGUCGACAGCAAAUUGGAUUCUAUAAACGUAUCAUUUUUGAGAAGCAAAGAAAAGGCAUAUAAACAACGAUCAAUGGGCUCCCAGGCAAGUGUAAGAAAGUCGAAAUCUGAGGGGACCAUCGAAGAAGCAAAAUCUGUGGAGCUGAGACAUAGUUUCGCCUCCAAAAGUAUGUCACAAUUUUUGAGUAAAUUGCCAACGCCAAAUUCGAAUGAGUACAUAGAGCAAAUCUCCAAAGGACUGCCAUCAAGCGAUGCAACACUCAUCAGGAAUUUACACAACAAAUUCAACGAAUCAGUCGUGUCACUGUACAGAGGUCAAAUCACCAACUCGAAUAAUGGUAGUGAGAUUCAUGAAAUCCAGCAAAGCUUUGUUCCCAGUGGCGACCACCACGGCUGGUCCUUACGUGGCAAGACUAUGGCCUUUGUUAGGCCAACCACAUAUACCAGAAUUAGCCUAAGAAAACGAGACCAAUCUGAAGUGGCAGAGAAGAGUAUUGAAAGGGAAGCAUCUGAAACCACUGCACUGAGCUCGAUUAUAGCCACCCAGCCAGAUGCGACAACUACAAAAGAACCAGAUUUAAGACUGCAAUCCAAGACGAUUUCGGUUGAUGAAAUCCUUUCGUGUGUUGAAGCGAAACCUUUACUCAUUUCCGAUCUAAUAUCGGAAUUUAUGCUGGCUUAUGGCUCCAAAAUAAGUUUCUUUGAAACAUAUCCGGACCUAUUUAAAAGCAAUAAAUUGGAAUCCUUUACUACGACUAAUGCGAAAGAAGUUCCCAAGAAGUGCAACAGGAAGAGGAAGGUGAAAAAAGUUAAGGAUGUGAAAAAGAAGACAUCGCAGCACUCUAGAAGAACCUGCUCCCUAUGCAACUGUGUUAGAAGAAAACGUUCCGAAUUGCAGCCUUAUAUGAAGCGAAUGCAGAAGCGACGUCAACGAUUGGAACUGAAAACCUACUAUAUCCAGAGGAUCUCGAAAUGUCGAGAAAAUCUAAAGCAGCAUCCCCUGAAAGCCUGCACAAGGGAGGGACUAGCUAUUUGCUAUCAGACCCUAAAUCUUUGCCAGCAGAUAGUGGAGCAGAAGUUAUCGAAAAGAACUGAGGAAUGUCAAUUGAAAUGACUGAAUCCAAAAAAAAAGAGAUUAUUCAAACAUAGUCGUUUCAUUUGUAGAGUUUUAACAUAUGUAAACUAAAAGCAGAAGUUGCAAACUUAGUAGAUCCAUUUGUCGUGUUUUGAAAAGCUAAUAUAAAAAUGUUUGUGACUGCUCGAAUUUGAUGUCUUCGUCUAAACUCAUUUGUCUGUCGACGUAGAAAGAAAAUGGUGCUGCUUCAAUGUUAAAAUCCCAUUCUAGCGGUUGCAUCUAGCAACUUGCUUUACUUUUCCCAUAUGCACCAAAUAAAAUGAACUAUGGUCAUAAAAAUCCUAGCACUUGUAAGCAGUUCAUUUCGUUGACUUUUACGCGACCCUUGAAACUCGCACUCAUGUGGCGUCAAGUAUUUCAAAAUUAGCAUUUGCCCCAUUCAACAGUUUCGACUGCAUCCUUUUCCGCGAAAUUUAUUCCAUUGCGAACCGCUGCCGAGUAAAAAUAAUAUAGUCCCAUAAAAAUCAGUUUUUUUUCGUACACCCAAGCCCAAUUCCCAACCCAUCCGCAUAAAUGUCAAUGCCAACGCAACUAAAAUCUGCCCUCUAUCCUGCGACCGUUGAAUGUUGAAUGUUGCAACCCACGCAGGCUGAACCUCCCCUUUUUCGCGAACUCUCCAGCUCGAGUGCAGCUACAAAAAACGGGGGGAGAUAAAAAAAAAAAAGGGAGGAACAAAAUCAAAGUGAAAAACAACAAAACUCGGUCGAGGGUUUUUGAUAGUAAAAACUUUUAUAUGGGUUUAUUUUUGUUAUGGUUGUUGUUGUUGAAAUGCUCGCUGCUUCAAGUAGUUUCUUCUAGAUUAUUAAUUUUAAUGCCAAUUUACUGCGACGCACUCAGUGCAGUAAAAUUGUGUAUUUAUGCUCACGCCUGCGAAGGAAGUAAGGCUAAAUUAUUCCUUAUUCUUCAACGAUCUGUUCGUGUAUUUUAGUAUAUGGCAUGACUAACGUUUGGGAAUACUUAAUUAUAAAUUUGGAAUUAUAAAAAUAAAUAGUAUUUAAGAGCUCUCAAACUGAACCAAAGCUUCUAGCAAGUCAAGUUUAUUUUUUUGUUUAUCCCACGCUUUUUAUUUAUACGAACUUUAAUUUCCCAAGACAUUUGGUUAUAAUUCAUUAUAUUUAUUGACCCAAUCGAGUUUAAAGGCGAAUUAUGGAAAGAAGAAAUAUAGAUGUUUGCACUACUUGCUGGAAUGAUUUAUGGCUGGAAAUCACAAACAUGGCUGAUAGUGAUUUAAUCAGUUCACUGCAGCUUAAGACUGCACCAAUGAUGAGUCACUCAAGCGCUUUUAAAUGAUUUCAUUCAUUAAUUAUCCAGCGUGGCGGAGUGAAGUGGAGUGGUAAGUCAUUCGAACGCCGCAAAGUAUGCAACGCUGGAAUGCAAACACGUUCAGGUGCGGACAGGUGUCAAGGUGCUGAAAUGCGUCGCAACAGCUGCGCCUGUUGCCCCGGGCAGUGAAAAGCUGUUAAAGGCCAAACAAUCCGGACGAAGGAUGUGCAGGAAAUUUAAAUAAGAGCGGUAAAAAAAAUGUGUAGAAGGAAAUGUGCGAUGUUUAUUGCGCACAGCUCGACGCUGGCCUCAUAAUUGCCUCUAAGUGGCUUAAGUUAUUAAAACCAAUUAUGUCGGUCGUCUGCAGAGGGAAAUGCCGUUUAAUUGCAACCGAAAUGCGAUUUAAAGAAAUGAAUUGCAUACAAAAAUAAUUGGAAAAUGUUCUAAUUGGCUCGGCUUGGCCAAGUUAACAAGCUCCUUCAUCAGCUAAUUAAACUUUUUAGAUUAAACCCAAGCCUCAACUCCAACUCCAACUCAGCGGAAGUUGUAGUUUCUUCUGUUCACAAGUUGAGCAGUUUACACAAGGACUAAAAUGCUGGCAGCUUAGGGCCGAAAUCUUCGUAAGAAGGCUUGUAAUUUACGCUUCGCGGAGUGCAAAGAUGAAGUUUUCAACUUGGCUCAGAAGGUUAACUCUAAUUUGAGCAUGUUGAUGUACACGGAAAGAUGAUUUAUCUUUGGCUAAGUUUGGACAGAUUGAAAAUUCCGGCUUAUCACUUCUUUAACUUGAAUGACUUCAAUGACAAACUUAAAAAUGGAUUUUUAUGCAAAAACUUUAUGUUAUACUCCCAUUUAUCUUUAUCAAAAUUUAAAGAAAUUUCCUAUUAAUUGUGUUUCACUUUAUAUUCUCGUUCAAAAUUAAGUGCAAGGCCGUUAAAUCAGACAAAAAGAUAUACUCGUAUUUAUUCAUUAUUUUCCGGGAUGUUAUCGCAUGUACUUUCACAAGCGCUCAACCAAAAAGCUUUUGUUUUGUGUAGAAUAUUUGCGAUGUAUUUACAUAUACUAUACAUACAUAUAUAUUUACACAUCAAUUUGUGUUCGCUUCAAUACCUUUAGCUAUCGGUACACCGCAUUAAACCAUAAUUCAUUUUUGUUCCUGCCAAAUCUCGAAAUUCGGCGAAUCAAAUCGCUUUAUUGGAAAAUUCAAACGAAAAUCCGUUCGCCACGCACGUUAACAUAAUUAUGGAACUCGCUUACUGGGACCCAAUCAAUCAUACGCCGCGUGAGCCGCUUGACAUUAUCGUUCGGCCAGACACGAUAAUAAUAUGGGAAUAUAUGGGAAUCCUUUGAAAUGCAAAUCAGGCGAAUCAUCCGCAGAGUCGUACACAUGUACUUACCUUUUUCUGAAGGAGCGGGUGAUUUUUUUCCAGCCUCCUUGUCGAUUGCCGAUGAUUGUUUGCUGGUUGCCUGUUGCUGGUUGUUCUAUGCUGUUCCCAAAUCAAUUCAACAGAACUCUAUUUGCACGAAAUCCCCCCCAAAAAAAUAGGAGAGAAAACAACAGUCAGUGAAUGAGAAAAAACCACAGGGAAAUGCGUAAAGGCAACGAAGUUCGUGUUAAGGCGCGUGUCAAACAAAAAGUGGAAUUCAGAAUAUGUUUAUCACAAAGAACAAAAAUGCUUGGAAAAUUAUAAAAGAUAUUAAUAUAAAUAAUUCUGAAUUUCGA